AGGACAACGGGCGUUGCCGGCGCCUUGUGACUCCGGGCUGUGGGCGCGCUCGCGGCUCUUCGGCCAUGGUUUUCUCAAAUAAUGAUGAAGGCCUUAUUAACAAAAAGUUACCAAAAGAACUUCUCUUAAGAAUAUUUUCCUUCUUGGAUAUAGUAACUUUGUGCCGAUGUGCACAGAUUUCCAAGGCUUGGAACAUCUUAGCCCUGGAUGGAAGCAACUGGCAAAGAAUAGACCUUUUUAACUUUCAGACAGAUGUGGAGGGUCGAGUAGUGGAGAACAUAUCAAAGCGGUGCGGUGGAUUCCUGAGGAAGCUCAGCUUACGCGGCUGCAUUGGCGUGGGGGAUUCCUCCUUAAAGACCUUUGCACAGAACUGUCGAAACAUCGAACAUUUAAACCUCAAUGGAUGCACAAAAAUCACUGACAGCACGUGCUAUAGCCUUAGCAGAUUUUGUUCCAAGCUGAAACAUCUGGAUCUGACCUCCUGUGUGUCCAUUACAAACAGCUCCUUAAAGGGCAUCAGUGAGGGCUGCCGAAACCUGGAGUACCUGAACCUUUCUUGGUGUGAUCAGAUCACGAAGGAGGGCAUUGAGGCACUGGUGCGAGGUUGUCGCGGCCUGAGAGCCCUGCUUCUCCGGGGCUGCACACAGUUGGAAGAUGAAGCUCUGAAGCACAUUCAGAAUUACUGCCAUGAGCUUGUGAGCCUCAACUUACAGUCCUGUUCACGUAUUACAGAUGAAGGAGUCGUGCAGAUAUGCAGGGGCUGCCACCAGCUGCAGGCCCUCUGCCUCUCGGGCUGCAGCAACCUCACAGACGCCUCUCUUACAGCCCUGGCGUUGAACUGCCCAAGACUUCAGAUUUUGGAGGCUGCUCGAUGUUCCCAUCUGACUGACGCAGGCUUUAUACUUUUAGCUCGGAAUUGCCAUGACCUGGAGAAGAUGGAUCUUGAAGAAUGCAUCCUGAUAACCGACAGCACACUCAUCCAGCUCUCCGUUCACUGUCCUAAACUGCAAGCCCUGAGUCUGUCCCACUGUGAGCUCAUCACAGAUGACGGGAUCCUGCACUUGAGCAACAGCACCUGUGGCCACGAGAGGCUGCGGGUAUUGGAGCUGGACAACUGCCUCCUCAUCACUGACGUGGCCCUGGAGCACCUGGAGAACUGCCGUGGCCUGGAGCGCCUCGAGCUGUAUGACUGCCAACAGGUCACCCGCGCAGGCAUCAAGCGCAUGCGGGCUCAGCUCCCCCAUGUCAAAGUCCAUGCCUACUUUGCUCCUGUUACCCCGCCUACAGCUGUGGGGGGAAGUGGACAGCGACUCUGCAGGUGCUGCGUCAUUCUCUGACAGCCACUGCCUGGGCUGAAGGCAUGGAGGAGUUCCUUCUGCCAGAAAGACCGGAGCUGCUGACCUCUCCACCAUCACCCAACUGUCUCUCCAUCAAGGAAGGCAUUUACAGGUAAAGAUUUCUGUAGGAUCACAGUGACUCUGGUGACAGUGUUCACUUUUACAUGCUGCGGUGCAGUCCAAUCAAUGCCUUGUUCAGUUAACACUUGGCAAGUGCGGUUCCAGUUUAGCCAGGGCCAUGUGAGAAGCCUGGCUUUCUUCAGAUGUGGGUGGCUGCCUAACUCCAGAAUUCCUGCCCUCGGCUUUAGCAGCAUUCUUCAAACACCAUCAGUGUUAGCACAAAUUGAACAGAAAAAGACAAGCUGUUGAUUUUCUACCUGAUACUUAAGCCAGUGGCCUACUUUAAUUCACAUGAUUCCAUUUUGUGAACUUUUCCACUUUACCAACUUUAUCAAAGUGACUGUACUGCAAAUGUAGUCUAAGUAGAGACUUACGUGGAAGGCAAGUUAAUAGGUUUCCACGAGACACCAAAGAAAUGAGGACUCUAAACUGGGUAGAGCAAGGUCUUCACCUUUCUGUCAACUUGUCAUACACAUUUCCUGGGACCAAAAACACCUCAGAGUUUGUGUUGCCCGAGUGGAAAUUAUGAGCUCUGGUGGAUGUUACAGCAUGUUUUUGUUAUAGGAAUAAGCUAAUCCUGUCAUCUCUCCCAAACUUUGGGGACCUUACAGAAAGAGAACUAAUUAAGGCUUGAGUUACCUAUAAUAUUAAAAAAUAAUGAAUGGAUGCAUGCAGAACAGGUGUGAUUUCUUUCCCAAGUUUAUUUUUAAAUUUUAGAAAUGAAGUUACACCAGAACUAUUCAAAAACAUUACACUUAAAAAUUCAAUCAUGUGUUGGCACUCAUAUAAAUGAAUAAGCCAUUGCAAUGUCAGAGGAUUUUAUUGCUAUACUCGUAUGGCAGACCUGAGUAAAACCAUUUUCCAAAUUUAGACCCUCCUCUAAUGUUCUGAUUUUCUGCUCCAUGCUGUUCACCCUUGUGAUCUUGAUUAAAGAUUAAGAACCCAUCAUGGUUUUCAGUGUGACCCUCUAUGUUAAUGGUAGUGGACCUUUCCUAGCAACCAGACUCUGGUUCAGAGCUAAGAGAAACUAAGGUAGGACAGCAAAACCGAGGUGUUUUCCAAUGACUAGUGCUUCUUCAUUUGGUUGGACAGUUUCAGAAGGAUUUGGAAUACAACGCCUUAGCUGCUUUCUUAGGGAGAGAAGGCAGGUAAAUAUGUAAGCGUUAAAAGUCCAGAUAGUCUAUUCCCUUAUGGAUGUACCCCAGCAUUUCCUGAUCUAAAAUUAUUUAAAUAACACUAUCGUCUACAAGGCUCAACACCUCCUGACCUGAUGUAAAUUAAGUCACUGACCAAGACAGGAGAACCUCUGAUAAGGAAAUGAGGUUUGCUACUCUCCAAAGCGUGGAACAGUUACUGGCCUACCUUGAAAGCUUUGAGAAAACAAAUGAAUAGAACACACUGACCUGUGGUCUGUUGUGGCCUUGGAACCCCUUGACUUGAGGUGACAUUGGUAGAAACUGGAAUUUUAAAU